AUGUUGGAUUUGAAAGACAAAAUAGAGCUAUACGCGCCGUUUUUAAGCCAUUAUUGGCUUCAUUUGUUGUCUGUGGGCAUUUCGUUUGUCAUAGCAAAGCUUAUCAAAGGUUAUAUAUCGAAAGCGGGGGCAGAGAAAGAUAAAAGCAACACGAUAUCGAUGGACGAAGCCAUUGCGCAAGAUUCAACCGAAGAUUUGGGCUCUGAUCUGUACGUUUUAGACGAAGGAAAACAUAUCCCGUACGAACACACAAACAGAAUGUCUGAAACCGAAAUGUUGAAACAAGCACAGGACUUUUACAAUUUCAUGAACAAACGUCGUUCAGUGAGGUUUAUCAGCAAAGAACCGGUUCCAUCCCUUGAUGUUAUAAAGACCAUCGUCCACACAGCUGGUACAGCACCAUCUGGAGCCCAUAUGCAACCAUGGACUUUUGUUGUUGUUUCCGACGCGAAGGUAAACCUUACGGUGUUAUCGUUAGUAGUAUAAAAUUGGCCUAUUUGCAUAAAAUUAUCAGUGCAUGAGAAAGCGAAUAUACGAGGUACUGAGACAUGACGUAUCUAUGGGGUAAAUUGUGAAUGAACAGUGCAUGUCACCUAUGUUUUUAACAGCUGAUGGUAGCUGUGCAUAAAGAGCCUACACAGAAGAAACGAUAGUAUAAUAAUAUUACUAAUAUUAUUAUACUAUCAUUUCUUCUGUGUAGGCUCUUUAUGCACAGCUACCAUCAGCUGUUAAAAACAUAGGUGACAUGCACUGUUCAUUCACAUUUUACCCCAUAGAUACGUCAUGUCUCAGUACCUCGUAUAUUCGCUUUCUCAUGCACUGAUAAUUUUAUGCAAAUAGGCCAAUUUCGGAAACAACUUCCGAGAUGAUUUUCCGACAUAGACAACGGUGUAGUGGACUUGAACACAGCAAGGUAAAUGAUCUUAUUGUGGUUUAUUACAAUCAUGGUUUCAAGAUAAGCAAAUAUCUUUAAUUAAAAAGGAAAAAAAAACAAAAUGCGUGAUAGCGACUUCCAAAUUACGGCAAAGAAAUAUUUCGAAAAUGAGAACUUUAAAAAUAUUUUUAAAUCUGCAUUUUAGGCAGAAAGAACAUGUGGAACUGUAAAAUAAGUUAAUUAUUGUGCGCGCCAUAAAUAUGUUCCGAUUGCUUUCUACCUACUGUUUUCGUGAUUUUGCUAUUCACCUCCGAAAUUUGACGUCCACUGCUCGAAACUUGAAUGAUGUUCAUUGGCCGAAAUAUGAUGUCCACUGACCGAAAUUUGAUAGUUCUGAUGUCCAUUGCCCACUGGUAUAUUCUCCUCUCAAAACACUCUUACUGUAAGCAUUUUGAUUGGUCGAAAACACCUCAGGGGGCGAAGGUCAUACUUGAAUAAAAUUUUAAUAUAAACAAGAGAGAACAUUGUGGACUGUGGUUGAUAGGUAAAUUGGUUUUCCGCAUUUGACGUCAUUAUAAGAAAGUGUCGUAAAUAAGCCUCCCUUUGAAUUCAAUACGAUACUUCACUGGUAUAGUAAUGUAAAAAAAUAAAUUGGAAAUACAAAUUGGUUUGUUUUCUUUCCCGCUCACAAUUCGCCUUCUUCCCAGAGUUACCCCCCCCCCCCCCCCCCCCCCAUGGACUGUGACCAGAGGACUGUGACGUCACUAUACGCCACAUAUACAACUAUAACGCCACUGAUCUCUAUACUUACAGAACUAAUAAUUUUGCUCGGACAUCAGCCAUGGGACAUCGGUUUUCCAUUGGAAAUCAAUUGCCUUUCAACUCCAAAUCAUGGCAUCGCUCUUGAUAUAUUUUAGUUCUAUUUGAUAUGUACAGAAAAAACCUAUGCCGUUAUGGCUAUGACCGAUACCAUACGAUAGCAAGCGAAUAAAAUGUUUUCAAAUUUAAUUGGUGGCAAUCUCGUCAAAGCCAAAGGUUCAAAAAUAAUGAAAUAAUUCAAACUUUAUUGUUGAUCCUUUGACCAACUCGCAUACAGAAUGUUAUGCAGGAACUCUUGAGUCUUGGUUUCCUCCUGUACUAUUAAGUAACGCUGGACCAAUGGGCAAUAUGGCAAUGAAGGAAGUCCUUACUGGACCUUUAGGAAGAAGAGUUUAGAAGUUUACCUUUUUUUCAGAAAGCGGUAUCAAAUUCCCGUGCGUUAUACAAGAUGACUGAAAAACGGCAAACUUCGCAGGGCUAUAUUAUCCGCAUUUUACAACAUUUCGCAACGAAACUUCGGAAUAUUACUAAUUUUGUGAUACUCUUUCAAGCUGUGAUGAAAUUUUCAGUCUAGACUUGUCUAGAUCAAAAUUUUGUUCAUUAGCCUGGUAAUAGGUCCAUUGCUGACGUCAUUAGAAUUUUCCAUUUUAGAAAAACAAUGCGCUAUAAUCUAUAUCUCUCUCUAUUUUGUCUGGUGACCUAUGUUCAAAUUUUCCAUGCCAUAUUGCACCGCUAAAAACUUUCAUUAUACAGAAAAUAAAAAAAUUCUGUAAUGCCAAAAACAUUUUACCGAAGAGUACGACAUUUUCGCAUUUUCCAAAAAAAUGGCAUUCCAGAAUUUUUUUAUAUUUUGCUAAUUGUUAGUUUUUCUUCCAAGUAAAAUAAUACACGAAGAAAAUGGGGUCACCAUGCUUCUUUUCCAACUAUGCGAGGCGAUAUGCCAUUUUGGAGUGAAUUUCAUACACGAAUAUCGUCAUAGCAACGAACUAUCCUGUUACUAAAACCAAUAUAAUUUGAAAGUAGAGAUAUCCAAAUAUAUAAAACCCCCAAUAUAAUAUCUACUGAAUAAAUCCUAAAAAUGCGUAGUUUGAACAUGUCAAAGUGUUGAACACCUGAAUUUUUGAAAAGUGUAUCGAGCCACCUUAAGUGUUUUGUUUUUAAUUUACUUUAGUGUUCAGAAAAAGGACGGCAAAAUAUUUCCAAUUCUUACAAAGAGGGUGGGAUAGGGUAUUUUCGUGAGCCGUGCAUGAUCUCAUAUGCCGUGGUCAAUAUUUGUUGAUUUGUGGUCAAUAUAAUGCUUGAUUUUAGUGUCGUGAAAUGUGAUUUGUGCUACAGCCGUGAGGCGGGAUUGUCGAUAAAAAUGCUCCGUGAAAUGAGAAUUAAGGAUGUCUGUUUGUUUAUUUCGAUCUAUUUUAUAAUGGCCAUAAUGGGCAUAUACGCGAUAAUAAUCAUAUAUGAUCGACCACACUCGAUUGUACAAAAAUAUAAUGUAGUUUUUAAUUGCCAGGCAGAGAAGUGAGAGAACUUUCAAAACGUAGAUAUUUUUAUCAGAGUCUAUAGUUUUUAGUGAAAUUGCUUUUCUAUGACACGUGAAUUGUGAAACAGUUUUUUUUUCGUUGUGAAACGUGAUCCACGUUUGACAACCAAGAUUUGGUUUCGUUGGUUAUAAAAACUUUUGGUAAAGUGCCCAAUGGAAAACCAGAGCAUAUUUAAAUUAAGGUACAGCAAUCAACAAAAUCCACUAGGCAGUUUAUUACUAAUAGUUUCGUACUACAAAAUGUGGCACUCUUCAGAUAAAUUGACUUAAUGACUAUAGACUAAAACUUACAAGGUUAUAUAUGUAUACAUGCAAGUGGAUAUAACCUUGUAAGUUUUAGUCUAUAGUCAUUAUAAUAAUAGGUCAAUUUAUACUUUUCUGCAUUUGUGGAUUAAAAAUACCUUUUUGAUGUUCGCGUUGAAAUCGCAUCUUUUUUGGAAAAGGUUACAAGAAAAACAUUAAUUGGCCAUGUUGUUGUCUUUCAAUCGCAUUUUAAAGCUAAAAAUUUCGAAUUUAUGCUGCAUUCUUUAUAUUGUCAAGUGUAAAGUGCAUAUUCAAACUGUGAAUGAUUCUCUGGUGAAAUAUCGUAUAAUAUACAUCUUCUUACAGUUUCUGGCACCACUUUAUGGAAAUAGAAAAUUGGUAAGUAACGUUUAGAUUAUCAGCGAAGGCAGUUUAUACUGUAAAAUGUUUAAGACCGAGUCUUCACUUUGAACUUUCAGCUUCGGCAAUUUUCACUGUAAAUCUUUAGUAAAAUGUUUAAUUAAUUAAGACAGAGUCUGCACUUGGUCAUUUUUCACUGUAAAUCUUUAGUAAAAUGUUUAAGACAGAGUCUGCACUUUCAGCUUGGGCAUUGUUCACUGUAAAUCUUUAAUAAAAUGUUGGAGACAGAGUCUACACUAUCAGCUUGGGCAUUGUUGACUGUAAAUUUUUAGUAAAAUGUUUGUGACAGAGUCUGCACUUGGGCAUUGUUCACUGUAAAUAUUUAAUAAAAUGUUUGAGACAGAGUCUGCACUUUCAGCUUGGGCAGUUUCAUAGUAAAUAUUUAGCAAAAUGUUUGAGACAGAGUCUGCACUUUCAUCUUGGGUGGUUUUCACUCUAAAUUUUUAGUAAUAACUAACUUCCUCUGAUACAUUCUGUGUAUAAAUCACUGGUGGUUAAAAAGUACAAGUUUGUUUAAUUUCUUUCCAAUUUUUUAUCCAGAUGAAUUCUCAGUGGUCUUCUUUCCAAGAUGAUAAAAUUUAACUUUGCAGUAACUCUUGAUGUUCUUGAUCAACUGAACAACAUGAUUUUCACCAACUGGUGAGUCAAAAAGAUGGUGAUCUAGCUCAGUAAAAAGACUGGGUAUGGACAAUGAAGAAGCCAGAACUUUAUCCUUAGGAAAUCUAUAAAGGAUGUUUAUCAGACAAAGAAGCUGGAACUUUAUCCUUAGGAAAUCUGUAAAGGAUGUUUAUCAUGUAAUGCAAGUCUAGUUUCAAUCUAUAAAAUAGUAUACAUGCAUAAUGUCCUGGGAAGUUUUCUUUUGAGUUUUGAUUCUUCAUCACUUGACCCUUCACUAUCACUUCUUAUACUUUAUGAAAACUUAGGACCGACUUUUUUACAUUUGGAACAUUCGAAAGCACAACACUCAGUGGCGUGCUGGGUACUAUUUUUCUGGAGGGGCCAGUGGGCUGUCACCCAAUAUGCGCCCCUAUAGUGUUACAAUUGAGAAACGAGGGCCGAAGGCACGAGCCGAGUGCCGCAGGUGCGAGGUUUGUCUAGGGGGGUCCGGGGGCAUGCCCCCCAGGAAAAUUUUUGAAUUUAGAAUCUCUGAAAUGCCAUUUCCUGGACUUUGGGGGAAGAUGGUCAGGAAACGGCAUUAUAACGUGUCGAAAUUUACAAUUUGGUUAGAAUUUAGUAGUAGUACUUAAAUUAUGCAAUGCUAACUACUUCCAGCGUUUAAUUUAAUCCCAAUUCUGUUCUCUACUGAUCUACUGUCCUGAGCACAUUUACAACUUAAAGCUCUUUUAUACAAUAACACACGCACCCCACGCAUAUGCAUUUUAAGGUUUCCUUGUCUGGCUGCCAAAAGGGCAUGUUUCAGCAUUAUUUCAUUACUUACAUUACUCAUGCUUCUUGUGCAAACAACUAAAUUGCGUACACAACUUUACAUCAGUUAACACAACUUCAACUAUCUAAUUUGCGCCGCUCUCGUGAUUCGUGAAGCAUAAUAAACGGCAUAUUUUAAGGGCAUAAUACCAGCAAAAAAGGGCAUAAUUCCCGUGAUCGCUUCGAUCGAAACCUGACCAAUAUUCCGGUAAUGAAACGUUGCCUGUGAUCACUGAUCAUGUUUCUAUAUGAACGAUUUCGUGUGAGCUGUGAGGUAGCAAAUACGGUUAGGCAAAAUAGUCUGUAAUUUAAUAUAUGUCGCCUAUGCGCAUAGUCUUUUUUAUACUGUAGCCUAUAAACACGUCUUUUCUUGGCGGAAGUAACCAUAUUUUUUCGAGAAUGUGUUUUUUCCCACCCACUUUCAAAAUUCGGCGCCCCAUUUUCAUUUUUGCGCCCCCCAAGAAUUGCCAGCUGGGGGGGCCGUGGCCCCCCGGCCUCCCCUGCCAGCACGCCACUGACAACACUGAGGACCUCUAACUUUUCCCAUUGCUGUGAAAUUUGCUGAGUUUAACUCAACUUAAUUACAAUUGGUGCCAAAAUGGUAAAAACUCUGCCACAAGUCUCCAAAAAUGUUUUUUAAAUUGAACAUGUUUUUUUAAUUAUAUUUACAGUAACCACUAAACUCAAAGGGCUAAAAUUGAGAGUUUAUCAUGUUUUUAAUUCCUGAGAGUACUUGCAAAUUUCGUUUAUUUUUUAAGAAAAGUUUAAUAUUGUGCAUUUGAUACGAAUCAAAGAAUUGGAAAGCACUAUUUAUUACACAUUGUCAAAAGUAGUAUUUUAUUAUAACAAUAGAAUUAUUCAUACAAUAAUGAAUGUAACUAUAUUUAAGAUUAUAAAAUUUACUGUGCAUCAAGCAGUUUAUUUCACUGAUCUUAUACAAUAAUGCAAGAAAUAAUGUGUGUCAUUACAAAACAGGUUUUCCCAUAUUAGCCUAAAGCAGUUCUAAAAUACAAAUUACUAAUAUUAAAACAGUGACCUAUGACAGUAAAUUGGCAGUUUGAUUGCUUGAAUUAAAAGCAAAAGGUCUUGUACUCACGGGACUCAAUAGAAAGAAAUAUUUCUUAACAUCAAUUAAAGAUAGUUUGAAGCAUAUUCAUACCAUUGGAUUAUCAACUAUAUUUACAUAAAACAAUAGCAAUUACGUUACUAUAGACACAGAGUAGAGACAUACAGAGACGUAACUAGUGUACCCACUUUUUUUGUGCGCAUGCUUGGCAAGUUACUAGAUGCAUGCAUCUGAUUGGAUGACGACCUGAUGACGACUCACUUUAAACUUGCUGAGCACGCGCAGUUGAUCAUUUUUCGCCCGAUCGCCUGACAAAAAGUGGGUACAUGAUAACGUAAUCUUCCGCAGUGUUUACAACAGUCAGUUACGUCUCUCUAGCUUCUAAUAGAUUUUGAUCAUGAUGUGAUUCCAAUUUCCAUGGAACUAUAAAAUAAUACAUGAUAUGUUGUAUGUAAAUAAAUAUACACAUGCUAAGAAGUAUUUAAAGAAUAAUUUUUGUUUUGGUUUAUUCCAUGUUUUAUAUUGACUAAUUUUGCCAUAAUUGAUAAACUGUGACUAAAAUGUUUUUCAAUGUUGCCGUCUUUCACAAAUACAUUUACAAUUUUGCCAUGAAGCAAUGGCGAUACUAGCUAAAAAUUUCUUAUUUGGAAUUGGUGGACCUAUAUUUAUAUAUGAAUAUGCAUCAAAAUCUUAAUUCCACACACAACAUGAUAUAUUUAACAGCAAAAUAUUGAAAAAUCGCAAUGGUUUGUCCAUAAUUGUCAUAUGGCCGCCCUUCAUACGGGUCGACAAAUAUUGAUAUUUUCAGAAAAAAUAAUUAAAUUUUGCCUACCCGUUAUUCACAAAUUAUGAAGCUUCAACAAUCUGGCAUCGUUGACAACAAGUUCCACACUGAAAAACCCAAAAUUGACUGCAUAAAAGAGGAUUUAUGGUCAACUUUGUCCAUUUCCGCAAUGGCAUAUUGCAUUUUUUAUCCGUACACCCCCUGUUGAGGACCUUGGAAAUCCAGGGGAUGCCUCUUGUAUUUAACCCUGGAAUUCCAGUGGGUGGGGGUCAAACCAACCUGGAAUUCCAGUGGGUGGGGGUCAAACCAACCUGGAAUUCCAGUGGGUGGGGGUCAAACCAACCUGGAAUUCCAGUGGGUGGGGGUCGAAAUAAUCCUGGAAUUCCAGUGGGUGGGGGUCAAAAUAAUAAGAUUUACAUGGAAAUUCCGGGAAAGGGGAUAAAAUAAUGAUACCGGAACUGGAAAUUCCAGGGGAGAUCAACUUAUUGACAGUGGAAUUCCAGGGGAGAUCAACUUAUUGACAGUGGAAUUCCAGAGUCAUGCGGAAAAAAAAAGAAUUUCCAAGGGUCAUUGAUUAAACACAAUUGGAAUUCCAGGUACCCCCUUCUACAAACCACAUUUUUCCAGGGCUUCUGACAAAAAAUUACUUGGAAAUCCGGGGGGUAGGAGAAUUUAUGCAGUGUGUCCUCAACAGGGGGUGUACGGAUAAAAAAUGCAAUAAGCCAAUACAAAAUAUACAAAUUAUCACGCUCCGUGGGAACGACCAAUAUGGCCGCCUCGCGUAAAAUGCGACUGCGAUCAGGCUUCAAUUUUCGCCCGGCUACAGGGUGGGAUGCGCUAUCUAGUGUAUAUGAGAUAUCUAUGACUGAAAUACGUAAAAUUAUUAAGAACAAAAAUAAAUUUAUAGUAAAAUAGGAACGCAUCAACUGAUCAAGGGAAUCAACUCGCAAAAAUGGCAACUCGCAAAUUAAAGUGGCGGCUGUCGCCAGUUUUGCCAGAGCAUUUGUUUUGCCCGAGCAAAAUGAUAUAAAUUGUGAUUAUUAUUAUUAAGGUAAAAAGUGAAAUAAGAAAAAUUGUUGAAGAAGAAGAGGAAGUUAAUUAUCGGAAACGAAUGGGAAGUCGAUGGGUGAAUGAUCUCAAAGCAUUGAAUACAAACUGGUGUAAAACAUAUCUGGAAGAUGCGCCUUAUUUGAUUUUAGUAUUUAAGCAAGUAUAUGGUAUAUCACCUGAAGGCAAACAACCUCAUUAUUAUAAUGAGAUAAGCACAUGUAUUGCAGCUGGUAUCCUAAUGACUGCACUUCAUCAUGCUGGUCUGGUCACUGUCACUACAACACCAUUAAACUGUGGACCCAGACUGCGUGUUUUAUUGGAAAGACCAGUUAACGAGAAGCUGCUUCUACUUUUACCAGUUGGGUUUCCAACUGCAGAUGCAACAGUUCCUGAUUUGAAGAGAAAGUCUAUUGAUCAGAUUAUGGUUCAUUUCUGA